UCUCCUCGCUCGCUCGCUCUCUCUCUCUCUCUUCUUUCCUUUUUUUCGCCAUCUCGUUUCGUUUUCUGGGGACAAUUUACCAAUUCCCAAGAGGUGGAAGCGUAGAUAUUGUUAGGGUUUGUAGAAUCCGCGGUCGUCCCUCUCGUUCCCUUCGCUCGUCUCCCUCUCUCGGUCCCCAUUCGAACACAAUCGAGCCAAUCGAUUGCCGGGUGUCAGCUGAUGUGAGGUUCUCCCGCGGGAUUCUCUCUGGCGGAUGGCCGACGGUAGGCGAUAUGCUCUCAAUCCCCAACUAGAUAUUACACAGAUUCUGCAAGAGGCACAAACUCGCUGGCUUCGUCCAAGUGAAAUUUGUGAGAUUCUUCGCAACUACCGGAGGUUUAAUUUGACUCCUGAUCCACCUUAUAGGCCUGCUGGUGGCUCUUUAUUCUUAUUUGAUCGAAAGGCGCUUAGGUACUUCCGUAAGGAUGGCCAUAAUUGGAGAAAGAAGAGAGAUGGAAAAACAGUUCGGGAAGCUCAUGAAAAACUGAAGUCUGGAAGUGUAGAUGUUCUUCAUUGCUACUAUGCCCAUGGUGAGGACAACGAGAACUUCCAGAGACGAAGUUACUGGAUGCUUGAUGGGCAGUUGGAGCACAUUGUUCUUGUGCACUAUCGAGAUGUGAAUGAGGGAAGCAGGUCUACCAUUCCCCAUUUGCCAAGUAUAGAUUCAGGCAGAGUGCACGGUACACAAGGAACGCAGGCAAAUUCAGCUCUUUAUUCUUCACACUUGAAUUCAUCUACUUCGACAACUCAAGCAUCUUAUGAUUCAAGCUCUAGUGCUGCUGACUGGAAUGGACAGGCUCCAUCUUCUGAAUUUGAGGAUGCAGAUUCUGGGGGGGAAUUUGGUAUAGGUUCACUUACUGAUUCUGUAUCUUGGUCGGGAUUCCAGAUUGCUUCAUUGGCUGGAAAUGAUUUGGCAGAGGAGAACACUGUAGGGUGCAGUGGUUCCUCACAACUCUAUGCAAGAGGCUUUGUAAAUACUGCAGGCUCAAGUAUUGAUCCUUCGUUUGUGAAUCAAGUGCCUCUGCAAAACUUUUUAUUAAGUGAAGACCAGCAAAAAAUUCAUGGAGCCUCACAAGGAGCUGGUUCAUUUGGUGGAGUUCGGUUUAACGAUCCCAGUAGUUUUGCUGGAUGGCCCGAUGUUCUUAGUAUUAGGGGAAGAAAUGGCAACAUGCAGGAGCAGAAUAUUUCUUUUGGACAUCCAAAUUGCCCUGACAACAUGCAAAAAGGAAUGGUUGAUUCUGAAUCGAAUGACAACAGGAUAGCUACCUAUGUCACAGAUGGUGGAUGUAAUGUCAUAGGCAAUGCACUUACACAAUUUUUUACUGAAGUUGGCAAGAGAAAUGAUCAGGUGAAAGAGGAGAAUACUGAAAACGUGAACAGCUUUGAUGAUGAGGACUUGGUAAAGGAAUCAACUCAUAUGUAUCAAAUGCCUCAUGAUGACCUUUCACAUGUAGCAGUAGAAUUUAAGAGUAACAGUGGCUCUCGAUGGAACAUCUCUGUUCCUGACCAGCCUCUGGAAUAUGAAACCGAAGUUUCCAAUACUUCCAAUGAGCCUUUGAAAAGUGAUGCAGAUAAUGAUGAGCAUGGGGAUUUGAAAAAACUAGACAGCUUUGGGAGAUGGAUGAACAAAGAGAUAGGUAAAGACUGCAAUGACUCGUUGAUGGCUUCAGAUUCUGGCAAUUACUGGAAUGCACUUGGUACUCAGAAUGAUGGCAAGGAGGUCUCAAGCCUGCCUCGUCAUAUGCAGUUGGAUAUUGAUUCACUGGGUCCUUCUCUUUCACAAGAACAGCUAUUCAGUAUUGUUGACUUCUCACCCGAUUGGGCUUAUUCUGGUGUUGAAACAAAGGUUCUUAUCGCAGGUACCUUUAUAGGCAGUGUAGAGCCCACAAGCAUCAAGUGGUGUUGUAUGUUUGGUGAACUUGAGGUUCCUGCUGAAGUUUUGACGACAAAUGUCCUUCACUGUCGAGCUCCCACACAUGCACCUGGACGGGUACCCUUCUAUAUAACUCGCAGUGAUAGGUUAGCCUGUAGUGAAAUUCGAGAAUUUGAAUAUCGUGAAAACCUAUCUGGUGUUUCUUUAGUGUCAAAAAGUGAACCAGAAGAUGAAAUUUAUCUUCAAGUACGUUUUGCAAAGCUGUUAUCACUAGGAGUAGAUAGGAGCAAGUUGUUCUGCUCGGUUGAAAAUUGUUCUAAGUGCAGCCUAAAGCAAAAGUUGUUUUUGAUGCUGAAUGAAGAAGAAAAUGGGUGGAAAAAAAUUGAGAAGGAUUCAAAGGUCUUUCAGGGAUUCGAUAAAAAUCCUAGAGAUGCAUUGAUCCAGAAGUUAUUGAAAGGUAAGCUAUAUGAGUGGCUGGUUUGCAAAGCUCAUGAGGAAGGCAGAGGCCCUAAUAUUUUGGAUGAGGAAGGCCAAGGAGCUAUCCACUUGGCAGGUGCUCUUGGCUAUGAUUGGGCAAUGGCUCCUAUAGUUACUGCUGGUGUCAGUCCAAGUUUUCGAGAUGCACGUGGCAGGACGGGGCUCCAUUGGGCUGCAUAUUAUGGCAGAGAGGAGACAGUUGUGACACUAAUUAGGCUGGGAGCUGCUCCUGGUGCAGUUGAGGACCCAACAUCAAAGUUCCCCCAUGGACAAACUGCUGCUGAUUUAGCAUCAAGUAGAGGGCAUAAAGGAAUUGCUGGAUACGUGGCUGAAGCAGAUUUGACCAGUCAUCUUUCUUCAUUAUCACUAGAAGGAAGUGUUACAGAUAGUGUUUCGGCAACUCUUGCUGCACAAAAGACCAUUGAAACAAUACAGGAUCAUAAUGUAGAUUCUUUGGAUGGUAAUGAGGGAGAGCAACUAUCACUAAGAGGAUCUCUUGCAGCUGUGAUGAAUUCAGCUCAAGCUGCUGCACGUAUUCAGGCUGCCUUCAGACUUCACUCAUUCCGCCAAAGACAAUUAAGAGAGAGCAAGGAUGAAGAGGCUGAGAGCUUGGAUGACAUUAUGGUGCUAUCCUCUUUGAACAAUAAGUUCCAUAGGAUAAGUCACUUCAAUGAAGCUUUGCAUACCGCUGCUGUUAAAAUUCAACAGAAAUACCGUGGAUGGAAGGGGCGUAAAGAAUUUUUAAAGAUCCGUGACCGGAUUGUGAAAAUCCAGGCACAUGUAAGGGGACAUCAGGUUCGUAAGCACUAUAAAAAGGUCGUUUGGUCUGUUAGUAUUGUUGAGAAGGCCAUAUUGCGCUGGAGGCGCAAAGGAGCUGGAUUACGAGGCUUUCGAGCUGAGAGUGCAAGUGGUGAUGUUGAGCAUGGGGCUGGGAAGACUGAUGAGUAUGAUUUUCUUCGACUUGGGCGGAGACAGAAGGCGGCAGGUGUAGAGAAAGCAUUGGCAAGAGUCCGGUCCAUGGCUCGUAACCCAGAAGCCCGUGAUCAGUACAUGAGAUUAGUCGCAUGCUCCCGUAAAUCCAAGUUGGGAGAUGAAGAAAACCCCUCUGCUCAAGUUCACAAUUCAGGAGAGGAAAAGAAAAUAGGGGAGGAUCUUCGUGCAACAAUGAUACACUAAACAUUAACAAUUGUAGUCUGAAUUCUUGAUGCUUUUUCGGUCUUUUAGAGUCUCGAACAGUCCAUGUGGUUUCUGUAAGUAUUUGUGAUAUGUAAUGUGUAAGAUAUAAGGGCUUUUUCUUUCUUGUCAAAUAUGAAAAUGGGUAAAAUAGGAAUGGGGGGAUGUUGUACAUGUAUGAUAGACACACCUGUCAUUCUAUCUGUAAACAGCAUUGCAAGCAUGAUAGAAUGGGUGGUCUGCGCGUUGGAUUGUUUGGUGACCAAGAUUUGAAAACGGUGCUCGCAUGCAAGCACAGCAUCAUAUGCAUAAAAGGAGAACGUUUUCCAACGCCAGAAAGUAGCAUUUUGUGGCUUACAGCGUUGCAAUCCGUGCUCCUUUGUUUUUGUCGACAAGCAAUGCUGCAGGGUAAAUUCCUUUUGUCUGCUUGUUUGGUUUGUAUGAAUCAAUUCCCACGUCACGGGGUCAAGUGAGGGAAGUGUAGUGCAUCUUUUUUCUCAACUAUUAAAUGGGGUUCUUUGUACAAAUUAUGUAACCAGUUAUAUUCAUCAAAAAAAUUGUAGUUAGAUUU